GCUUUUUUGUCAAAUAAAAUGUCAAUUUGACAAAAAGGUUGCAUUUUGUUUUGUUUCGGAUUUUUGAUUCAAAAAUCCAUUUUCAUCUUACUUUCGUGAAGUGUUAAAUUUGUGAAAAUGGCUAUGUUCCCAGGAACAGUAGCCUUCGAUGAGUAUGGGCGUCCAUUUAUUAUCUUAAGGGAUCAGGAGAGGCAAAAACGGCUCACCGGUAUUGAUGCCUUGAAGUCCCACAUCCAAGCGGCCCGUCAGAUUGCUGGCAUCCUCCGCACAUCGCUCGGCCCCCGCGGGCUCGACAAGAUGAUGGUAUCUCCGGACGGUGAAGUCACGGUCACCAAUGACGGAGCUACGAUCCUCAAGCUGAUGGACGUGGAUCACCAGAUCGGGAAGCUGAUGGUGCAGUUGGCUCAAAGUCAGGACGAUGAGAUUGGUGAUGGAACUACUGGUGUUGUCGUUUUGGCAGGAGCACUGUUGGAGCAGGCAGCCAACCUCCUGGACAAGGGAAUCCACCCCAUCCGCAUCGCUGACGGCUUCGAGCUGGCAGCGGCCUGUGCCCUGGAGCACCUGGAGGGCAUCAGCGAAGCGUUCCCGGUGAACAAAAACACCCGGGACAACCUCAUCAAGGUGGCUAUGACCACGCUGGGCAGCAAGGUCGUGGUGAAAUGUCACCGGUUGAUGGCCGAGAUUGCUGUUGAUGCUGUCCUCUCUGUGGCUGACUUGGAGAAGCGUGAUGUCAACUUCGAGCUGAUCAAGGUGGAAGGGAAGGUGGGGGGCCGCAUGGAGGACUCCAUGCUCGUCCACGGUGUGGUCAUUGACAAGACCAUGAGCCAUCCGCAGAUGCCUAAAGUUUUGAAGGACGUGAAACUGGCAAUACUGACGUGCCCGUUCGAGCCGCCGAAGCCGAAGACGAAGCACAAGCUGCAGGUGGGCACCGCCGACCAGUACAGGGAGCUGCGGCAGUACGAGCACGACAAGUUCUUGGACAUGGUGCGCAAGGUCAAGGAUGCCGGCGCAACCCUGGCCAUAUGCCAGUGGGGCUUCGACGACGAAGCGAACCACCUUCUCCUCGCCGAGAGCCUGCCGGCGGUGAGAUGGGUGGGCGGGCCCGAGAUGGAACUGAUCGCCAUAGCGACCGGCGGCAGAAUCGUGCCCAGGUUCGAAGAGCUGACUCCGGAUAAGCUGGGCCAGUGCGGAUUGGUCAGGGAGCUGACAUUCGGCACAUCCAAAGAGGAAAUGCUCGUGAUAGAGAAGUGCUCCAACUCCCGCGCAGUGACAGUGCUGAUGCGCGGCGGCAACAGGAUGAUAGUGGAGGAGGCCAAGAGGAGUGUUCACGACGCGCUGUGCAUCGUCAGGAGUUUGGUCCAGGACUCGCGCGUGGUGUACGGCGGCGGCGCGGCGGAGCUGGCGUGCUCGCUGGCGGUGGCGCGCGCCGCCGACAAGCUGUCGUCGCUGGAGCAGUACAGCUUUAGGGCCUUCGCCGAUGCGCUGGAGGCUGUGCCGCUGGCGUUGGCUGAGAACAGCGGCUUAUCGCCUAUAGAUUCCUUGUCCGAGGUGAAAGCGAGGCAGGUGUCUGAGAACAAACCCCAUCUGGGCAUCGACUGCAUGAGCAAAGGCUCAAAUGACAUGAAAGAACAGAAUGUGAUUGAGUCCCUCCACUCUAAGAAGCAGCAGAUAGCUCUGGCCACUCAACUCGUCAAGAUGAUACUGAAGAUUGAUGAUGUCAGGUCACCGGCUGACUCCAUCGAGUGAUUUGUGAAGUGAAAUAAUUGAUUUACAAAGUGUUUUGUAUAAUGUACAUGGUGGAUUUUUUAACAUCAGCCGAAGAAUGUCAGUGAAUUUAGUUGAGGAUUUGAUCAUUGAAUGAAAUUUUAAGUUAAUUGUGAAAAAUGUUGUUUAGUACGUCAAGAUGAUGUAGCAGUUUGAUCACCAUGUUUUUUUAAAACCAGUUUGAACUUGUCAGAAUGACUUUAGUUUAUGGGAUAACGGCUUUCGUUGCAUAAGUCCAUAGUAUCGUAAUUUGUUAAUUAAUUAAUGUACUGCUUUAGUGAACAAUUAAGCAUUUACUUACAUUAUAUCUACAAUAUCAUUUGUCCAUAGUCGAAGGAAAGAUUUAUUAAAAAGAAUUAAAAAGACAUUUAGAAUGAGAAUUAAUUUGAUUAAUUAACUCAUAAUAAUUAGCGCUCCCUACGAUUAUCAUUCACAGGCCUGAUCACUCAAUGUUUUAUCAAUAUUUUUGGGGUGACUUGAAAUAUCUUUGAAAAGUUGUCCAAAUUUCACUCACAAACUUUGGCUGAUCUUUAAAAAUGCGCUUGAUGUGGUGGGUUUGUGUUAUGAGUUGAAGCUUUUGUUAAAUAAAGAACUUUUUUUUUGUUAAUUAAUACAUAUCACGUCUUUGUCCCUGACGGGGUAGACUGGAGCAUUGGCGGAUGCAUGGUUUAAUGAUGGAAUUGAUAUUCAGUAAUAUUUUCAUUGCCUAAAAGAACUAUUCCAACUGUGGCUUUACAUACAUACAUAUAAUCUCGUCGCGGGAUAGACAGAGCCGACAGUCUUGGUGCGGCUUCAUCAACUUGAUUAAUUAAAAUUACUGUUCCCAUGAGAAUUUGCAAUAAAUAUUUUUAAUAACUUACAACACAAACUCACUUUGAUAUGUGUAUGUAUAUUUCUAUAACACUAGUUAAUAGUUUUAUCUUAUUGGCCUUUUUAAAUAAUAGACUGAUGCGUUUAAUUUUUUAAACCAUAGACACCGCAAACCAUUGGUUAACUUGUUGUACCACUAUAAGAAAUAAAUAAUUUUCAAAUUUUACACAAACCUAUGAGUUCAGUCCGCAUAAAUUAUAUUAACAUAGAUGAAUAAAUAUGAUUAGCUUGUAGAAGAGACGUUAAUCGUAUGGUACAUACAAGCGACCCGACCCGGUCUCGCAUGUCGUUUGAAAAAUGAUUUCCAUAAACUUUCGGGAAUAAAUUGUCUAUGUAAGAGUGAAAACUGCAUCGAAAUCCGUAGAAUGGCGCAGGCGCAGGGCGUGUUUUCUCUCUUCAAACAGUAAUUUAUGCGGACAAUUUUUAUUUAAACGAUAGUAUUAUGCAUUUCGUCUCAAUUACUUUAAGUAAGUUACUGUCUUGGCAUUUUGUUGUACAAUGAUGAUGCCUUAUUGCACUAAUAAAUUAAUGAGCUAA